AGACGAGAGGCGGUCCGCUCCCGCGGUUUUCGCCCCAAUACUGGCGCGAUUUUCACAGCGCUUCCACGCGAAUCGUUCCGCGGACCGGAGAGCGUUUCCGAACGCACCCACAACUUCUCGGCAAACGAAGCACAGCUUUUAAAUCUAGCGUUCCAAUUCCAAAUCUCAGUGUUGCAAAUUGUGCUAACUGAAGUGACUGAAGUGUUUCAUUGACUCACCGUUCUGAAUCACCUAUUUUACGUGAACAGUGCACCUAAUUUAAUUAGACUAUGUGUAUAAAAUAUUUUUUACAAACAUAACGGAUGCUCGCAAAUUGUAACACAUUCUGACAUACACCUUUACAAAUCAAUUAACAAUGCCUUAAACUCCGCACCUAUAGACGGCAAACUACGAAUACCUAUUCUAAUCGACAUGCAAAUUACAGAAUUAUUUGCAUAAAACCUUUACAUAUGCAAAAGCGUCAAUAUUUUUUCUUACUAACUAUAACCUAAUAGGACGCAUAAUAACUUUCCCUACACUUACCUACGCAAUAAAAAAACUGCCUUUCUAUUCGAAACUCGAACUACCCGCGCUCGCGAAAACCAAAACAAAAUGGCGACGUGAGGACUUCGGCCGUCGGGAGCGUUCUGGAUUUGCCAUGCAGAGUAGAUGAAAUGAAGACAGCGCUCGAAUGCGAGCGGGCUGAGGCCCCGGACAGCAAGGGCCGGAUAUCCUUCAGCGUUGACGCCUUGUUAGGCUCGAAAACUACGAGGAAAGACCCGAGUCCUGACAACAGCAAUGACGCGGAAAGUACUGACGCGGCGAUCGAGACGGACGAAAGUGACGUGGACAUCGAAGACGUUGAGUCUAAUGCUGGGGAUGAGAGAGAUGAGAGAGAGGAUAGAGAGACUAAUGACGGCGAUGAGGUGGAGACCAGGAGCGGCGUGGUGGUCCCGCAGCCACUUCUGCCGCGACUGUACCAGGGGCACGCGCCGCCGCCGACGUGGCCCUUUGGAGCCUUCCCUUGGAUGACGCCUAACCCAAUGUUCAGAGGUGGUUCUCCCAACACGGGCCCGCCGAGUGGUCCCCCAGUGGUCAGGUGCCAGCUACGGAAACACAAGCCUAACCGCAAGCCACGGACGCCCUUCACCACACAACAACUCCUCGCGCUGGAGAAGAAGUUCAGGGAUAAACAGUACCUGAGCAUCGCUGAACGAGCUGAGUUCUCUUCUUCACUCAGGCUUACUGAAACACAGGUAAAAAUCUGGUUUCAAAACCGGAGAGCGAAGGCGAAGCGUUUACAGGAGGCAGAAAUAGAAAAGCUGCGUUUGUCAGCGCGGCCGCUGCUGCCGCCUUCUUUCGCCCUUUUCGGAGGGGGAGGAGCUCCCCCCCUCUUCGCAGCUAUGGCAGCGGCUACUAGACCUCAACUGAGCUUCCUCGGAGGCCCACCGAGUCACCAACACGCUAUUAAUAUGAACAUAUUGAACUCUCUACAGCCACAUUGACGACUGGAUCACGCGGGAACGCGUGAAACCGAACAACCGCCAUCUUAGAAAAUGGUGACGGUUAUCGAUUCAAAUUGCGAACUGUGAAAAUCGAAGUGAUUAGUGAAGUGACACUAUUAAAAAUAAAAAAGCUACUGUGUUCGAGAUUUAAAAUGUAUAGGUUGUUUAGUUUUUAACGGUUAUUUGUAUAGAAGAAGAAAUGCGACUCUACUUUUAAUUUAAAUGAACGCCAACCAUAACAUGUGACGGUAUACACUUGUCACUUAUCAACAAUGAAAACUGACGUGUCAUCUUUUUUGUCAAUGUACUGUCGUUUUUCGUAAUCGUUUGCAACUUUGCUAAGGCCCCUGAACAUAUAUUAUACAUAUAAUAAUACCUAGGUUUGACAAUCGUAAUAACUCGUUAAUGAACUGGAUGAAUUAUACAAUAUCUAAAUAGGUAAUCAGUGAUGUCUUCGCACAAGUAUAAAAGUGUAAAUAAAAUAGUAUAACUAUAUUAAUAAGAAUGUUUUAAGUGCAAUUUCCAACUCGAUAAUUACUGAAGUCCCUUGUAAUAAAAAGUAUAAUUUUCAUGAUAUAGGAAAAAAAUGUGUGUUCUUAAGCAAUUAUGAAUUUUUACGACCGUAAACGUCACAAUUAGAAUUCUAAGCGUACAUAUUUCUGCUAGCAAUUAUUUAUUUUUUCGUGCAUAAAAAAUGAAAUGUGCCGCGACGUUGAGAUGGAAACGAUUACAAUAUUUUUGUUUAGCAACUUGUAAUUGCAAAUUUAUUCCAUUUUUAAAAUUUUAAAUGAAAUAUAUUUUUAUUUUUUAAGUUUUCUCGCAAUUUCUAUAAUUUCGCAUCCAUUUUAUACUCCGUAAAAUAUUAUGCAUUUUAUUUUUACUUUUUAACAAACUGACUUCAUGUAUUAAUUACAUAACAUUUGAAUUUUUUUAACUCGACAACAUGUUUUUUUUUAUUAAUUCGUGCUUUUAAUAAAGUGAGUAUGUUAAGUAAAUGCUCAAAAUUGAAAUUAUAUUUUUUCUUUUACAAUAGAAAAUCGCAAAGAAGAAUAGAAAAUCUAUUAUAACUACUUCCAUGAUUAGGUAAUAAAACAUAAUUUAUUUCCUUUUUAAUAAAAAAAAACAAAUGUUAACAAAGAAAUUAUAAAGCCCGUAAUAACAUAGAGCCAUGUAAAUAGUACUUAAAUUAUUGUAUACGUAAGAUUAAAUAGGUUAACUUCUAAAAUAUUAGAUUUUUUAAUGACUUACGUGAAAAUAGACACUUUAGUGUUAUUAUAUUAGAAUAUUACUUAUUAUUUAAAUAUGAUACAGUUUGUUCGUUUAAAAUAUCUAUUGACCUUUUCAUUUAAAAAUAAAGUUAUUUCGGUCGUGGUAAAUCAAUUAACCGAAUUCAUUUGGUCUAAAAUGGAUUUAUGUACGUACAAUUAUAGUAUAACUUAAACCUAACUGAUGUUUUCAGACUACUAUAGAUUGCCUUAAAAAUUUAAGUAAUGUUCUCAAAAUUCAAUUACAUAUUCAGAUAAUAUCUUUCUUUAUGAUCAAUUGAUAACAUAACAACAUACUGUAUCUGAAAAAAUCUUAGUAAAUUCUUAUUUAUUUCCAUUUUCUGUGACAUACUUAACUAUAGGUGAUAAACUGAUAUUUUCCUUUAUACUAAAUCGAAGCUGUUGUAAAUUAUUGAUUAAAUUCGUUAUAGAUCUGCAUUGUACGCAUAGCAUUAGUAGUUAAGUCAGUUUUGUGUACCGAGCAGUCAGUCUAAUAAACAAUUGAAUUAAAACGA